AUGCAAAGAACAGCGACCUUUAGACUGCGAGCUCUAUCAACGAGUCUUCGUACCAUUACCCCUCCAUCUCCAGGACAAACCUCCCUGCUCCGACCGCACUUCCGCCUUUCACAAACCGCAGUGGCAUCCGCACGUUUGUCAAACCUCGCAUCUCAUUUCUCUACAUCAGGCAUCAGGAUGUCGUCGCAGACCAAGGAAUGCGAUUACUUAGUAAUCGGAAUUGGUAGUGGAGGUAUUGCCUCCGGCCGACGAGCUGCCAAACACGGUGCAAAAGUCAUCGCGAUCGAAUCGUCAAGAUACGGCGGUACUUGUGUGAACGUCGGCUGCGUGCCGAAGAAAGUCACCUGGAACGCGGCUGCGAUUGCCGAGACCUUCAAAGACGCAAAGGCAUACGGCUUCAAGGUUGGUGGGGUCCCCGACUUUGACUGGCCCUACUUCAAGAAGAAGCGCGACGACUACGUCAAGCGACUGAAUGGCAUCUACGAGAACAACUUGAACAAGGAUGAGAUUGAGCAUUUGAGAGGUCGGGCCAAGUUCGUCGCUAAGGACGAGGUUGAGGUUGCGCUCCAUGACGGAGGCUCGCAGCGCAUCAAAGCAAAGCACAUACUCAUCGCAACCGGUGGAAGACCGAAGCUACCCGACAUUCCUGGAAAGGAACUCUGCAUUAGUAGCGAUGGAUUCUUCGACCUCGAGAAGCAACCCAAGAGCAUCGCAACUAGCGGCGCAGGAUACAUUGGUGUCGAGAUGACCGGCAUGCUUCACGCACUCGGCUCGAAAACACACUUCUUCAUCCGCGGCGACAAGCUCCUCCGAACGUUUGAUCCCAUGAUUCAAGACACUGUAACCCAGGAGUACGAACGUCAAGGCAUCAACCUAUACAAGGGUACCCAGAUUACCAAGGUAGAGGAUAUCGGCAACGGCAUGAAGCGUGUGACCUACCAGAACAACGAGACAAAGAAUGAAUCAACCGUCGAGGUCGAAGAGGUGCUGUUCGCGACUGGCCGCGACCCCGAAAUCGAGGAUCUCAAGAUCAAGGACUUUGGCAUCAAGCUCAACGAUAAAAACCAUAUCGUGACCGAUGAGUACCAAAACACUUCCAUCCCCAACAUCUACGCUAUCGGUGACGUCUGUGACCGUGGCUUCGAACUUACCCCAGUUGCCAUCGCUGCUGGCCGACGCCUCUCAGAUCGUCUAUUCAACAACCAACCCAAAGCUCACCUCGAAUAUGAGAACAUCCCCUCCGUUGUUUUCGCCCACCCAGAGAUCGGAUCUAUCGGUCUGACUGAGCCUGAGGCCCGCGAAAAAUACGGCGACAAGAUCAAGAUCUAUAAGACUGAGUUCAAGGCCAUGUACUUCGCUAUGAUGGACCCUGAAGAGAAGCAGCCGACAGCAUACAAGAUCAUCUGCGCAGGUGAGAAUGAAAAGGUCGUCGGUCUGCACAUCCUAGGCCAAGGAAGCAGCGAGAUUCUGCAAGGAUUCGGUGUGGCAAUCAAGAUGGGUGCCACCAAGAAGGACUUCGACAGCUGUGUGGGUCUCGUCUCUCCCGAGGUCGCUCUUGGUAUUGCGUGUACGUGGUACAUGUGA